CUUCGUUCUUUCUCUUUGAACCGUCCGUGAAGAAGGUGCGUCGAGAGCGCAAGUGCCCUAGGGAAGUUUUUUUUUAUGAAUAAUUGUGAGGUUAGGGUAUCCAUUAGAGGAUACAAGUAAACUAAAAACGUUCCGUAGCAUUUUGGUGCUGCUGGUUGAGUACCUGCCUUGCGAAAAGUACUUCAGUGUGCGCGUCUUCGGGCUUAAGAAAACCCCCGUACAAACUUUCUGUGGAGUUCGAUUUUUCCACUCCACGCGCGCGCGUCCGAACACGUUCCCGGGUGUGACUCUGUGUGUGAGUGUGAGUGAGUGUGUGCUGGGGCGUGCGAGAUCCUAAAAAGAAGGGUGUUGAACGCGCCGCUCUCGUAGGCCUUUUUUUUUUCGCGCGAAUCAAAAUGGCAGACACACAGGAAACGGAAGUUGUGAACGGUGGGGCGGCGGCAACGGCGGCAACGGUGGCCCCAACGACGGCCCAAGAGAAUCAAGAAAACAGUACCAAUCAGCCUCAACAGACGGACCAGCAAGCUGCUGCUGCUGCGCCGGCAGCACCGGCAGCGGCUGCGCCCGGAAACGGUAAUACCGAAGCUACCAACACGAACGGUAACACGGAAAAUCACACCACCGCCACUACCACCGCCACCACCACCACCACCACCGCCGCCACAACCGUGCGCGAUGAUGACAGAAAAUUAUUCGUUGGUGGACUGAGUUGGGAAACAUCAGACAAGGAACUGAAGGAACACUUCAGCCAGUACGGUGACAUCGAGAGCAUCAAUGUGAAGACGGACCCGAACACUGGCCGCUCGCGCGGCUUCGCAUUUAUCGUCUACAAGAGCGCGGACUCGAUCGAUAAGGUCGUGGCGGUUAGCGAGCAUGUGAUCAACAACAAGAAGGUCGACCCGAAGAAGGCGAAGGCCCGGUACGGCAAGAUCUUCGUCGGCGGGCUGACCUCGGAGAUCAGCGACGAGGAAAUUAAAACCUUCUUCGGACAGUUCGGAAAUAUCGUGGAGGUAGAAAUGCCAUUCGACAAGCAGAAGAACCAGCGCAAGGGCUUCUGCUUCAUCACGUUCGACUCUGAGCAGGUGGUGAACGAGCUGCUCAAGACGCCCAAGCAAACCAUCUCCGGCAAGGAGGUGGACGUGAAGAAGGCAACGCCGAAACCGGAGAACAUGGGCCCGAUGGGUCCAAUGGGUGGACGGGGCGGUAUGCGCGGUCCGCCGCCGCGCGGCAUGCGUGGCGGUCGCGGCGGUCCAGGUGGCCCGAAGGGCGGAUACGGACAAGGAUGGGGCGGCCAAGGCUACGGCGGUUACGGCUACGGACAAGGAUACGGCGGUGGUUAUGGUGAUUAUGGUUACGAUUACUUAGCCAGAUGGUAUGGAGGCUACAAUAACGGUGGUUACGAUUUGUCCGGCGGCUAUUACGGCGACGACUAUGGCUAUGGAGGCUACGAUGGUGGCUACAUGAACGGUGGCGGCCGUCCAGGAGGUCCAAGAGGGGGCAAAGGCGCCGGUGCAUACGGCGGUGGAAAGCAGCGAGGCAACAGUGGUGGUCGCCAACAGCGUCACGCGCCCUACUAAAGGAGCGCUUUGGAUGCUUUCUUCUACCAUACAUACUCUCUCACCAUCCACAAACCAAAAACCAAACAACAACAAAAACGAGAGAAAGUAGUAGCACAGGCUGUUGUGUCGCCGUGCGUGUGUUUGUGUGUGAGAACAUUACACGCAGAGUUGAGGAUCGUACAAAAGAGCGACUUAAGAGGAAACAGAAAACCACGAAGAAAACAAAACUACUCCCUCUCCCGCUUUCCAACCACGUCCUUUCUUUCCGACAACAUUUCUUUCUUCAUAUCAUACUCCUUUGAAUAAUCACAUACUGCUGGGGCGGCGACGGCGCCGCCCCUUCAUAACGAUAUAACAAAUAGAACUAUUAAACUUUGAUUCAACAUUUUUACGUUUGCCGUGUGGGUGAGAGGUUGAAGAGGGAGAGAGAGAGAUGAACAGAGAUGAAAAGAGAAAGUAAAAGAAAGUAUAAAUCAUAUGUAAAAGAUAUGUGCGCACCGCCACGAAAAUCCCUCCCUCCAUUCCCGCCUCCACCACCCCCAUCACCAAUCUCGUGAUGGUGAUGGGUGAAAUGUGUGCGAGUAUGUGUGCGCAUGUAUGCGUAUAUGAUGCGUUGGGGGUGGGUGGGGGAUGAGGAUGACAAUUACUUCAAUUUCCAAAACGUUUAGGUGUAUAGAUAAUAUAGCUAGGGGCCGAGCCAGCGAGAGCAUUCUGAGAACAGACACCCACAAUCCACACACAGACAAAAAAUAGUACCAACGUACAUACCCACACACACGCACACACACACAUACACGCACACAUUUGUCAUACGUCGGCUAUAGUACACGCACAAGUGUGGUGUAGAGGAAGGUGUGCUGCUGUGUGGUCCAACAUCCUUGGAUUCAAUUUAGAAUGAUGAUUUUUAAUUAUUAUUUUACUCACUUUUAACUUUGGUUUUUGUGGAAAUCAAGAGAAAAAAAUAUAUAUGUAUAUGCAAUCACACAAACACUUUUAAAGUAAUGAAAGCGAAUCAAGAAAGGUAUACUACGAAGAAAGAGAGAAAGGGAAAGGGGGGAGAACGAGGAAUGAGCACACAACCACAUACACAAACGCGUGUAGAGUAGUAGUAAACCCUCGGGUUCCUUCCAGCUGUGUAUUCCCUUCAAUCCAAACAAAAAACAAAACAACGUAGUAGUAUUAAGGCAAAAAAGAAACCAACUCUUCUCACGACACACUCUUCACACGCCUCGCUUCUUCUUUAUCAUCGCGCGUGUGUGUGUGUGCAAUGAUGGGGCGAUAGUUUGCUUCAGACUGUUCAGAUGCUCUAGGUGGAGUUGUAUGUGUGUGGGUGCGCACGUGCGAGUGGGUGGUGUGUCUGUAGCGAGGGAUAAUUCGAGACUAUUAAAAAAUUAGAUUAGAAGCGCGCGCGCACGCCGCGCAGGACACUCUCUGGCAGUUUUAACGCGGAUAAAUGAUGCGAAUAUCGACCGCACACACAUACACACCGCACAUACUCCCUCACACUCAUACACGUGCACACCUCCCCCCCCCCACCCCAAAAACGUGAGAGAUCCAUUAAUAUUAGAUAGCAGGGUGGUGUGUUGGCAUUAUGGGUGUGUGUGUUGUGUUUGAUCACGGACUCCUUAACUUAUACCGCCGCGCGCUACACACAGAUUGCGAGCGUGUGUGUGUGUGUGUAUUUUUUAGUAGUUAAGCUCAGGAAUUAGGCAAGAUCUGUUUUUUAAGUUCUGUUUCUUCAAUCGUGCACAAUUACGCUCUUGGCGGCACCACACUACUCUGGCGGCAUUUCCAAAUCGUGCGAGAGGGAACACAGCGGAACGAGGGAGAUUAAACCGUAACCAAAAAUGGAAGAAGCAAAAAAAAAGAAAGGAACGGGUGUGAUGAACUCAUAAUUGAAACUACUACUUUAUUGCAUAGUAUAUUACUUGUCCCAGAGGAGCUAAUUUGAUUUUAGUGAUCACCACUUCAUAAUAGACUAGCAUCGUGUGAGAGAGUGAGAGCGAUGGGGGGAAGGGGAGGGUUCGGAAGAGUGAAUACGGUAUGAAAAUCCAGGAUUUUACGUGGCAACUCGGAUGAUCAUUUAUUCAAGAAGCAUUCAUUAGGAAGGAAACUAAUUUAAGAAGCAGAGAAAGAAAGAGAAAGCCGGAAAACAGUAGGAAAAACACACCCUCUCUGAGAUAGCACAUGCAAAUUUAUGUACAGCUUAUAUUAAAGUAAUCCUUCGUUUUCCAUCCCCAUUGAUGUAAAGCAGAAUUUUCCAUAGAACUCACACAUAUGUUGUGAGUGUGUGUGUGUGUGUGUGUGUGAGUGUGUGUGCGUGAUCGUGUUCGUGUGCGUAGUUUAUCUGGGGACGAGGCGGCUUUUCCCCCGCUAGGCUCGAUACUUAUCAUGUAAGAUGAGCUAAAUAAAAACGUAUAUAUAUAUAUAUAUACGAACACACGAGCACUAUGAGAUUGGCGCUCAUCGAUUGAAACAGUGGUGGGUUUCGUUUGCCUAAGGGUUCUGUUAGAUAUUUGCCGGAUUAAUUUAUUUUUCAUUUCGACGUCACAACAACCAUCAUUUUUGUUUGGUUUUCGAUUAUAAAUCCACUUCCGGGUGGGGGAUUGCGUGAUAUAUUGCUUGCUACAGUUGUUGUUGUACACGCUGACACACACAUACACACACAAACACACAUAUACACUAAAGCCGCUCCUUGUAAUUUAAGUUCGAGUUUAAAAUUCAAACACAAAUAAGUUUACUUAAAACGGAAAACAGAAAAGAAAGUUGUGAGAGAGAGAGGGGUGAUGCUGCAGCCAAUUUGCGUUUAAAACGGGAUUUCGUUAUUCGGGGGGAGAGAAGGCAGCACUCUCCUGGUGAAACGAAAAUGCGGAAAAUGAUGUGUACGGUGUGGGUGGGAGUAGUAACUUAUCCUGCGCGCGCAGUGUUGGGAAAAAAAGGAGGACGACGACGCCGACGCGUGUAUGAUGUACAAUUUUUGCUCUGAAUUCAAACUAAAGGUGUGUACACCGCUAGGGGAAGAGAAAGAAGAUGGUACAACAACCAAGUUCAAUGUAUUUUUGAGAUUUUCCAGAAGGUAAAAAUAAAAAUAACAAAAACACUAAGCCAA